UUAAGAUAUAAUUCACCAGAUACUCUUUUACAAGUAGUUGUUUCAAUUUUAUGUUCAUAUGCAUUUUUUGAUGAUAUUAAAGUUUUAGUAUUUAUAUUAUAUUCUGCUAAAAAAGCUAUCACAAUUUUAGAAUCAUAUUCAUAUACUCUUGCUAAUUGUUUUUGUGAAUUAAUUUAUCUUAAAUCUUAUUGGACAUAUAGAACAUUUAGAGAACUUUUAUUAGCAGAAGAUGAUAUUUUUAAAAAAAUGAGUAAAUCAAAUAUUUCAAGACAUAAUUUAUUAUAUCAAAUGAAAUUAUAUUUUAUAAGAGAUCCUCUAUUUGAUAUUUUAUAUAGUAUAUUAGAAACACUACUUUCUAGAUUAAGUUGGUUAUAUAGAACAAAAAGAAAUAGAUUAGCACUUCAUAAAAUAGAAAAUAUGCAUAAACUUGCAUCAUAUCAUUAUUCAUAUGCUAAACAAGAAUUACUAUAUUUUGGAGUAGAAAAAACAAAUUCUGAAGUUUUUAAAAUUUUAAUUGAUGAAUAUUUAAAUCUAGAUAAAGAUAAUUUUGUUGAAAUUACUGAAGUUGAUUUAAAUAAAAGUGAAGAAAAUACAAAUUUAAGUGAAGAAUCAAAUUUAUUAAUAAAUAAUAUUCUAAAUUUAGAUAAAUUUGAAAAUGAAUUUGAAGAAGAUAAUCUUAGUAUAGAUAAAGAUUAUUAUGAUGAAUAUAGAGAAGAAAUAUCUUUA